AUGUCUUCACCCAUCAUGAGCCCAUUGAGUCCAUUGAGCCCUACUGGCUCGACCAAGGCGAACCUGUUCAGAAACAGAGUCCCAACACAGCUCAGGAGAUGUCUGCCCUUGUACAUUGCUUGUAUUUGCAUAAUUUUCCUCGUUCUCAACAUGGAUUUGUUCGGUUCCAUGCCCAAACCUGUCCACCUUUCCAAGCGCGGUGGUCAACACUCAACAACAAACACACGUGGAACCUUUCCCAAGAAGAUAUGGCAGACUUGGAAGGUUGCACCCUUCUCAUUCGAAGCCGAGCAGAUUCUCACUGCGCGGACUUGGACAGACAAGAACCCUGGUUAUCGGUACGAAGUCCUCACCGACACCAACGACAUGGAGUAUGUCGAAGAGCACUAUGGCCCUGAAGGCUUCGACCGCCCGGACAUUGUCGACAUGUACCGCAACGUAAAUGCCACCAUCAUCAAGGCCGAUCUCCUCCGCUACAUGAUCAUGUACGCCGAAGGAGGAGUCUACGCGGACAUUGAUGUCGAGGACCUUCGGCCUGUCAGCCGAUGGAUCCCGGAAAGAUACAAUGAGGCCGACCUUGACCUCGUCAUUGGGGUCGAGAUUGACCAACCGCAUUUCAAAGACCACCCGAUUCUCGGCAAGAAGUCCAUGUCGUUCUGCCAAUGGACAUUCAUGUCGCGGCCCGGCCACCCGGUCAUGCUGAAGCUAGUUGAGAACAUCAUGGCAUGGCUCAAUGAUGUGGCCAAGACACAGCGUGUGCCCAUCUCGGCAAUCAAGCUUGACUUUGACGAGGUCAUCAGCGGCACCGGCCCGUCAGCCUUCACCAAAGCCGUCCUGGAGGUAAUGAGUGCGCGUUCUCGAUCCGGGACGAUCACCUGGGACACAUUCCACGACAUUGACGAGUCAAAAGUCGUCAGCAACAUACUCGUCCGCGACGUCGAGUCCUUUGCUGCUGGCCAAGGCCACUCCGACUCUGGGAACCACAACUCUAGGGGAGCUCUCGUCAAGCACCACUAUCACGCUUCGAACUGGCCCAGUCGUCACCCUCGCUUCAGGCAUCCUAUCUUCGGCGAGGUGGAGAGGUGCAACUGGAACAUUGAGUGCGUCAUCAAGUGGGAUCAGGACAUCGCCGCCUUCAACUCUUUAUCCCCAGAGGAACAAAAUCAAAAGGUCGAGGAGCAUGAGAAACUUCAGAAGCUCCAAGCACAACAGAAUCAGCAAAAGGCAGAGCAACAAAAGGCCGCUGAGCAAAAGGCUGCCGAGCAGCCUUUGAUGUUCCCGCCACCUCAACAGCCUCUUCAAAUACCACCACCACCAGCAGAUCCUGCAAAGCAAGAGGAGCUGAAGAUGAGAUGA